UUUUUUUUUGUAAAUUCAUUAUUUUUAAGCUUUGUUCAAUAUUAAUUCAUUAUUUUAAAACUUGAAUAAUAAAUGAUAUCUAAGCUGCUAAGCCUAAGAAUUCCCCGUAGGAUCAUCAAUUGCUAGCAGGGAAGAGGAGUUUAGACACUACGGCUAUUCCUAUGAUUAGUCUUAGAAGACCGAAAUGCCAUGAAAUUCAAGUUCCACUAAACUCGCUCUUAGUCUCAUAAUCAACCCUGAACAGCUGGUUCUAGUAGAGGGGAAAACAAGAUGGGUGUGACCAAGGUCUAGCUAGCCUCCUUGUCAUCAUUGGAAUAUAGUUCUUUGAAGAUGGUAAUCAAUAAGAGGAAAGCAUUGCUUUCUAAAGAUAGGAAAGCCGCUAGAAAGGCUAACAGCUAACAGCAAAUGACCUCCGACCAAUGAGGUGAUGACACAUGCAUUUGUGCAUAUGAACUUCUAAAGAGUGGGUUCCAAACCUGGAUGGCACUAUAUAACUCAAUCCAUUAUAGGGGUAUUGGUGGAUUAUUUCUAUUUUAGAAUUUACUCUGAUCUUUAAUCACUCCAUAGAUAGUGCCCUAAAGAUCCUCAGCUGCCUUCCAAGAGUUUUAGGCGGCAAGAGAUUGACGAGCUUGUUGGAGCUGCUUGACGGUUCCCCAUAAUACGCCCACUUGGGAACUUAUUACUCCAGCUAUUCCAAGAUUCUCCGCUAGUUGGACCGCGUCCAAUAGACUCCCUGUUUUGCUCAUCCCCUUCGUCAGUUGUUUGAUCGGUAAGGGUGUCUGCGUAAUGCUACCAGAGCUACCAGACCUCAAUAUGCCUGACAUCCCCCUGAGGCCUGAGAUUUGGAAUCUUCCUGAACAAGUAAGGCAGACUUUACAAAGGCUAUGAACAUAGGCCGGGUUGUACCGAGUGCCAAUUCCCCUUUCUAUUUCUCGUCUACAUAUGGAAGAUACUUAUCAGAUUAGAGAGAGUGCCCCCAACUCCUAACAUCUAGGUCUUCUCAAUCGGUUUCAGGAUAUGAUUUCGCAGGAAGGGUAGUAAACUACUUCUUCGUAAGUGAGGUGAGGUACCUCUUUCGGUUUGAAUAGGGAGUCGCCCUUAUUUUGGUUGAAGUAGCCCGCCCCCAAAAGCGAUGAUUCACCUAUCCCCUCACUGAUCGAGCGCUCUUGCGCUGAAGAUGAACGGAGCUAAGCGGCUCGCCCAUAUCUCUCCGCGAUUCUCCCAUAUCUCUUUCUCGACAAAAUCGAAUCUCAUUGUGACACACACUCUCUCUCCCUCCACAAAAUCGAAUGAAACUUGAAGAAACUCGAAGGUCGAAAUCUCAAAGCUAUGAGUCUUGAUUCAAACCGGUGCAGUAAGGUCCUACAACUCCUACUGAUACUUGGUUGGACGCGUCUUUAUAGUAGUGACCUACUUAUGGGAUGGCAAUAUUAAGAAUAGCAUCUUGGAUAUUGGUUGAGGCUGUCUUGGUUACUUAGUAGGAGUAAAGAGGAACUAUUAGAAGGAAUAUGGACACUUUGGCCUGGAGAAGGGAGGUUGCAAAACGAAGGAGGGGAGGCAUAUGGCCAUUCUUAACCAUCUUCUUCCUAAUUCUUUUGCUUCACUCUGUGGCCAUUCUGCUAUUCACCAGAGGCUUUCUCCUCACCAGAACUGAGCUUCCCCAUUACAGCAAUUGCUCUGAUGUUUACCAAUCUCCCUGUGUACAACCUCCUCCUUCCUUGCCCAAUCAAGAAGAUGGUUCUUGUUGCAAUGCAACUCUCAACAAGCAGCAUUGUUGGACAAAACCGGCCAUCGAUCGACUUGUCAUCAUUGUUCUAGAUGCGCUCAGGUUUGAUUUCGUGGCACCCAUUCCUUCUUUAGAAGACAUAAAACCGUGGAUGGGUAAAUUGCAAGUGCUGCAUAAACUAGCAUCUCGAGAAGGGUCAUCAGCUAGGAUUUUCAAAGCUAUUGCAGAUCCACCUACGACCAGCUUACAACGCUUGAAGGGCUUGACCACAGGCGGACUUCCAACUUUUAUUGAUGUGGGUAAUAGCUUUGGCGCCCCUGCGAUCCUUGAAGAUAACCUGAUAUCUCAGCUGGUUCAGAAUGGAAAACAAGUGGUGAUGAUGGGGGAUGAUACAUGGUUGCAAUUGUUUCCUCAUCAUUUUAAUGCAUCUUUUCCCUUUCCCUCCUUCAAUGUGAAAGAUCUUCAUACGGUUGACGAUGGGUGCACUAGAAACUUGUUCCCAUCCUUGUAUGAUGAAGAUUGGGAUGUUCUCAUAGCACAUUUUCUCGGUGUGGAUCAUGCUGGUCAUAUAUUUGGAGUUAAUUCCGUUCCAAUGAUUGAAAAAUUGGAGCAAUACAAUUUCAUUAUAGAGAAAGUUGUUGAAGUGUUGGAGGGCCAGUCUGGUCCUGGAGGCUUACAUGAAAAUACUUUACUUCUUGUGAUGGGUGACCAUGGCCAAACCAUAAAUGGUGAUCAUGGGGGAGGAAGUGCUGAAGAGGUUGAAACAGUAAUCUUCGCAAUGGGUUUUAAGGAUCCUCCAUCUUCAUUAACCUUGGAGCAUGAUACUUCAUCCUGUCGAUUAGAUGCGGAUGGAAGGAUGUUUUGCAUAAACUCAAUGCAACAGCUCGACUUUGCAGUGACAGUAGCAGCAUUGCUUGGAGUCCCCUUUCCUUUUGGAAGCAUUGGGUCUGUGAAUCCUGAACUAUAUGCUUUAGCUGCUGGAACAUGGAAUUUGAAACGCUCUAGCAACGAUAUUUUCCAAAAUCAUUCAAGUACAGAAGAAUGGAUGCAAAAUUAUGUCAAUGUGCUAUGCAUGAACUCUUGGCAGGUAAAAAGAUACAUUGAUGUCUAUUCAGCUUCAUCUGUUAUUGGAUUUUCGAAUGAAGACUUACUGCAUCUAUCGGCGAUGUAUGCUCAAGCAACAGAUAAUUGGUCAAAAAUUGUGACGAACUUAGUGUCAGAAAAAAGUGAAAGCUGUCAUGUAUCAUUGCCUGAUCUCAAGAGGCAAAUCGAUGCGUACUUAAGUUUCCUGGCGAGUGUUGCGGAGCUAGCACGUUCGAAAUGGACCCAGUUCAAUUUGGAGAUUAUGAGCAUUGGUUUCGGGGUAAUGUUGAUUUCACUUCUUGUCCAUGUGCUUUGCAUCAGAUGGCUUAACAAACUAUGCAGAGUUUACGUUCGUUCCCAUGUCGAAUCGGGGAUUUCCUAUGGAUUGAUGCUUUCCUGUCUGAUAGUGGCAAUACGUGCAUGCAGCUUCCUUUCAAAUAGUUACAUUUUGGAAGAAGGAAAAGUUGCUGGUUUUCUUGUAGCCACAACUGCAAUGCUCAAAUUACGCUAUUCAAUAACGAAAAUCAAGAUGCAACUGGAAGCUUUGGUGUUUGUUCUCCUAAUUUCUGUCCUCAGAUUUUGUAUUGAACUUGGGCUAUCAAAGCAGGCUGUCAGUUCAGGAUUAGCAGACGUGUUUCCUUCAUGGAUGCUUGCUGUUGCUGAGAGCUAUCCUUUCUGGAGGCAUAUAGCUGAACUCCUGCCAGUGCUAGCUCUGAUCAUAUUGGCCUACAUGCUGCAUGAGAGCAUUUCUCGCAGCUCGUGCAGGAGAUUUUUGAAAAAUGUUAUAAGAGGAACGAUCUUUAAUUACCUUCUCAUUGCAGCAUAUUGGACCUCGGAAAGUAAAUUACUUAAUCUGCCUCUUAUGCGCACAGACAUACAGAGAAAUUACAUUCCUAAAGUAAUCUAUAUGAUUGGUUUUGGUCAACUGUCAUCCCUGGCACUUCUUCAAUUUCUCAGUGAAGAAAAAACGUCUAGUUGGAAAGAGACUGUGGUCAUUAAAAUAGUAGCCGUGUUAUCCGCAUGGAGUUCAACGAUUAUCAUUCUAUCUGGAAGACAAGGACCCAUGGUAGCUUUAGCAUCCAUGGCUGGAGGUUGGUGCAUAAUGAGAUUGGAAUGUUUGGAACAGGACUCCGAAAAUAGCCAUCUCCAAACUUUGUCCUUGUAUUCUUUCCCUGUUACACAAUGGAGCCUUCUAGCUGUGUGCCUUUUUUUCUGCAGUGGUCACUGGUGUGCUUUUGAUGGCCUCCAUUAUGCUGCUGCAUUUACUGGGUUUGAAGAAUUCAUCCUCGUUCCCCAAGCUAUUCUUCUUAGUAUUGAUACAUUUGGUUUUUCUCAUAUUCUACCAAUAUUUGGACUUCCAUUUCUUGCUAUACAACAAGUUCCAUCUGGUAUGGGUGGGCAGCGAAAAGAAUUCUUUUUCAUGCAAUUAUGUCAGGUGUAUCUGAUGUUUGGACUCAUCACCGCCACCACAGCCACAUUCACGAUGUUAUGUGUUGCAAUUCAAAGACGUCACCUCAUGGUGUGGGGAUUAUUUGCUCCUAAAUUUGUUUUUGAUAUGCUGGGCCUCAUGUUAACAGAUUUCCUAAUCUUUUUGGCAUUGCUCUACUAUUGUGUUCAAGUGGAUGAUGAUGGGCUGCGACAUCAGAUUACUGAAAAAUGAGUUUUCCUCCCAUUCAAUUAUGCAGAUUUUGUUGCGACGAUAUUGACUGUGCUCAUUCUUUUAUGGUCCAUAUGAUGGGGAAAAAAAGAAGACCUAUCUAGGGCUUUUUUUUUUUCUUUUUUUUUUUUUUUUCAUUCGUUAAACUUAUCUACUCUAUCUAGGGGACUUUUUUUUUUUUUUUUUGGGCGGGGGGAUUGGGGUUGGGCUUAUGGGAAUCGAACUAUACCCAUGUGCCUAGGAAUAUAAGAGAGGCACCAACUGCACUUCACUCCACUUGCCAUUAUUUAGGUAUUUGAUUAGCAUGAAAAUGUAGAAAGUAAAUUUUCUUGUACAAUUCAUUUAUGCAUGGUUUCAUAGCCACUUUCUUUCUAAGAACACAACGAAAAAACUUUCCCUUGUGAAAGUUGUCACCUCUU